UUAUAAAAUAAUGUAAAUUUAAAACCAGUUUUAUCAAGUAAUUUUUAUUAUUGCGAAUCAAAAAUUUAAUUAUCACAAAAUUAAAUUGUUUAUCUCAUAGAUAUGGAUUCAAAUCGAUAAUAACCCUGACAGAUUAUAGAAAUUUUGAUGAAUUCGAUUUAUUUGGAUAGUACACAAAAAUGUGGUACAUUGCUGUUGUAAUUGUUGCGUUUGCCACAACAUUAGCGUAUUUCAACAUAAAAUUUUCGUAUUGGAAACGUAAAGAAGUAGCAUUCUUCCCAGCCAAGAUACCAUGGGGCAGUUUCAGGAAUAUAAUGGAAAACAAUCUGUAUCAGCAGGUAGAGGCGUUUUACAAAUAUUUCCGUUACAAACAAGUCUCGUACGGUGGAAUAUAUUUAUUUACAAAUCCGAUAUUUGUUCCCAUCAACCCAUCGCUGAUAAGGCAAAUCCUGGUAAAAGACUUUUGGCAUUUUUCCUCACGUGUUUCCUACCACAAUAUGAGAGAUCAGAAACUUUGUGCACACGUUUUUCAUGCUUAUGGACACAAGUGGCGAAUGCUUUCGGCUAAAGUGAAAAAAGUGCUAUCACCACCAAAGAUACGAUUGUUAAUACCAACAAUGCAAGACAGUUAUGCACCGCUUGUUGGUCUACUAGACUUCUACGUAUCUCAAGGAUUGAGUGUGGAUUUGAAGAGUCUCGUUGAAAAUAUCACUCGUGAUGUGUUAAUGAAUUGUGUGUUGGGAAUGGACGCAAAUGAAGAUUUUAAGUGGUUUGAAGAUUGUUUACUGGUGAAAUCAAAGAAGGAGGUGUUAUUGGAUCACGUACGUAGGAUGUACCCAAAUGUGGCAAGAUAUUAUGGUGUUUUAAAUUAUCCCCGAGAAGCUGAAGAGUUUUUCGCGAAAACUGUACUAAAAUACAUUAAAAAACGACAUUGCAAUAGUAUAAGUCAUAAAGACUUCCUGCAAUUAUUAAUGGAAAUACACAAUCAUGAUUAUGAAAUCGAUGACUUGCCUGAGGAAGAUAAAUUGACAAUGUACGACAUAAUAAAUCAGUGUUUCUUUUUCUACAUUCACGGAUUUUCUGCAACAGUCAAAGUGCUUAGUUUUGCUUUGUAUGAGUUGGCACGGAGUGAACGUGUACAAAACAAAAUUCGUACGGAAAUUAUGCAUUCCCUAGAGAAAAACCACGGUAAAUUUGGUUAUGACGAAUUAAAUGAAUUAAAAUAUUUGGAGCAAGUGGUGCAAGAAAUAUUAAGAAAACAUCCGCCAAUUACAGUAUUAGAAAGAAAGUGUACAAGAAGAUAUAAAUUACCCCAGGUUGAUAAGUAUUUAGAGAGAGGUACUUUCGUUGUCAUAUCUAUUGCUGGGGUGCACAAAGAUGAAAUUUUCUAUCCGGAUCCUGAAAAGUUUGAACCUGAGCGUUUUUCAGAGAAGCAUAAGGAGAAAUAUGAGAAGCAAUGUGUGUAUAUGCCAUUUGGGGAAGGUAGAAGAAGCUGUCCUGGUCAAAGAUUUGCUAAGACUCAACUAAAAAUGGCGUUGGUGAUGAUAAUACGAAACUUUCAAUUUUAUUUAACUCCUGGAGGCACAAAUCCUUUGGAAGAAGGGCUAAUGCUCCAAUUUCAAAAAGUUGCAGAGGAACGUCGUAUAUCUAGUCAAUUUUAUAUUAAUAUUUAAUAUCAACGUUCAGACUGUCAUUAAAGAUGAGUUCAUUUGUAUUAUUUGAUACAUUUUUACCGGAUUAUCAGAAAAUCGUAAAAAAGCGUUGUUGGGAGCGACUUAUAUAAAAAAUUUCCUUAACAAAAUUUUGUUUCUUUUUGUUCAUACCAAAACAAAAUAUAGUCUAGGAUCAGAUAUAGUAAAAGUCAUCCAUGUUUAUUUAACGUAACUUUAUUAAUUAAAAAUAGGCGUAAUUAUAUACACUUCUUAGAAUUAUUCUGUAAAAA